CUAAUUUAUAAUUUUUAUGUUUUUAGGUGCACGUCUUAUGCAUAAAUAUAAUGCUCAUGGUGCUACCGAUGUAACAGGAUUCGGCAUUCUUGGUCAUGCUCAAAAUUUAGCAAAAAACCAAAAAAAUGAAGUUUCCUUUGUUAUUCACAAUCUACCCAUCAUUGCUAAAAUGGCUGCAGUUGGUAGAGCUUGUAGCAGUAUGUUCCAAUUAUUACAAGGAUACUCUCCUGAAACCUCUGGUGGGUUGUUAAUUUGUUUACCACGAGAACAAGCGGCUGCUUUUUGUAAAGAUAUUGAAAAACAAGAAGGAUAUUCAGCUUGGAUUAUUGGCAUUGUAGAAAAAGGAAAUAGAACUGCUCGAAUAAUUGAUAAACCUAGAGUUAUUGAAGUGCCUAGCAAAGAAAAAGAUGGUGAACUAUGGUAAACAAAAAAAUGGAAAAAUUCAACUGUUUAAUUCAACAAAAAAGAAACAAAUAUUCUAAUUACUAACUGAUUGAUUGUAUCUUUCAACUUAUAUACUUUUUUCGAUUCCUUUUUUUCUAAACUUUCAAUUAUCACAAUUUCAA